AUGGCUGCCAACCCCCCUGCCCCUCUUCCCCCUCCCAUCGACGCCUCUUCAGUCGACAAGCUGCAGCUUGCUGCAGAUCGUUCGGCCAUCAAUUGGCACUCAUUCGUCGGCAGCAUUCGCCGCGUCCUCCAGGAUGCUUUCGUCGGACCCUACUGUGUCCUUGACGUCCUCCUUCGCCGUGCGCACGCCCUCCAGCCGACAUUACCCAAUCACCCUGGUGAACUCCCUCCUCUCCCCGACCCUCCUGGCUCUCCUCCUUCCGAGCCUGAGCUGGUCAGGGCCUCCACCUCUGACCUUCAAGCUGCCGCCGACACCACCUUCCUCCACAACCGCCGCGAGUACCUCGUUUGCAAGGCCGCUCAUGAGGUUGCUGUGCACAACUUCGAGUUCGCAACGGCAGAGCGUGCCACUCGCCAGGCUUUGCUUGACACCUACAACAUGGCCAUGGCACUCCACAUCCCCAACAGCCUCGCCUGGGCCGCUGCCGACAACCGCGCCUGUACCAUCCUCCUUGGUGCACUCCCCGACGCCCUUAUGCGCCGUUUCCAAGCCCGUGAAAUGCGAGCCUCCCUAAUCUGGGCUGAGCUCCAGUCAAUGUUUGAGCGUCGCGACAUCAGCUCUGUCGGCGUUCUCCUCCAGGAGUACUUCUCCAUUACCCUCGCUACCUGUGACGGCACAGUCGACUACGUCGGGCGCAUGCAGGAAGUUGCUGAUCGCCUUGCGGCCCGUCAGUGCGUCCUCCCUGAGCCGCUGCAGAUCCACCGCAUGCUCUUCAACCUCACACCGGACUAUGAGUCCUGUCUGCAUGCCUUCACUGAGGCACACCCCCUUGCUGGCCUCGACCCGGUGGUCCAGUGGAUCAUUGAUACGGAGGUCAAGCUCCGCACUCCCAUUGUCAACCUCACCACCCCCCAGUCCUCCUCCUCCCCCUCCCUCAAUGCCACACAGCCGCGCAACCCAGGUGGUCGCAACGGCGGAGGAGGUGGUCGUGGAGGGGGCGGCGGUGGUGGUGGUGGUCGGGGCGGUAGUGGUGGCCGUGGUGGCCGUGGUGGAGGUGGUGGUGGUGGUGCUGGCAGUACCGCUCCUGGAGGCCCCCCUGGUGCCAGUGGUGCUGUCCAGCAGGAGGGGCAGCAGCGGCAGCCGCAGCCGGGGCCGCAGCAGCAGCAGCAGCAGCAGGGGCAGCAGCAGCAGCCGGGGUCGCAGCAGCAGCAGAAGGGGCAGCAGCAGCUGCAGGGGCAGCAGCAGCAGCAGCAUCUGCAGGGGCAGCAGCAGCAGCAGCAGCAGCAGCAGCAGUGGCAGCAGCAGCAGCAGGGGCAGCAGCAGCAGCAGGGGCAGCAGCAGCAGCAGCAACCGCAGGGGCAGCAGCAGCAGCAGCAGCAGCAGCAGGGGCCGCGGCAACAGCAGCAGCACGGUCAGCAGCAGCAGCAACAGCAGCAGCACCAGCAGCAGCAGCAGCAGCAGCAGCAGCGGCGCCCUCCUUGA